UUAAGGGUUCACUGAGCUACAACAGCAUCAAACCAAUCAUCUAUUAACUGUGUAUGUGGCUUUAGUUCAAUUUUUGUGAUGUUUGCACAUGGCCACUGAGCCGAUUCAACAUUGGGCUGGUUGAUGUUUGUUCAUCACUAAUUUUGCAUAAAAUGACGCAAAGUUCUUACGAAGGUAACGAAUUAAAGAGAUUACUUAAUAGUCCUGCUAAAAAUGCAAGCGAAGAUGGAUCCAUGGCUCCGCCGUUGUCGACCAGUGUACCGAGACCGAGCACAUCGCAAAAUGUCAAUCCGCAAUCAACGAUGUGUCCGAUAGCACCAAUUAAUAGUACCUCAGAAGUGUUAGAGCCUACCCUACAAAAUGUGGUUUCCACAGUUAAUCUCCAAACAGAAUUGAAACUCAUGUAUAUCAAUGUUAGAACACGAAAUUCAGAAUACAAUCCAGCUAGAUUUACUGGUUUAAUAAUGAGAAUACAAAAUCCUAGAGCAACAGCAUUAAUUUUUCGCUCAGGCAAAGUAGUAUGUACUGGCGCAAGAAGUGAAGAUGAUUCACUGUUGGCAGCAAAAAAAUUUGCCAGGAUAAUUUACAAGCUUGGAUUCCCUGUAAAAUUUUCAAAUUUUAAGAUACAAAAUAUAGUUGCAACAUAUGAUUUAAAAUUUCCAAUUAAACUAGAAAAUCUGAAUCAUAUGCAUGGUCAGUUUACAAGUUACGAACCAGAAUUGUAUCCAGGCUUGACUUACAGAAUGGUAAAACCUAGAGUUGUGUUAUUGAUAUUUGUAAAUGGCAAAAUUGUACUAACAGGAGCGAAAAAUAGAACUGAACUGCAAGAUGCACUGAAUAAUAUAUAUCCGGCAUUAAAGAGCUUUCGAAAACAAUAAUAUUAUAUGGUUUGCACAAAUGUGUAUGCAUGUAUUAUAGACUAAUUAUGUCAGAAAAUUUUGUACAAUAUAUAAAUAAAAAGAUGUAAAUAUAAAUAUUCUAAUAUAUGCAAACACAAAUUUUUGGUUUUUACUACUUAUGUGUGCAUGUAAGAAUCACAAUUUAUUCAUGUAUAUAAAAAAAAGAAUUUGAUAUCGAAAUAGCGAAAUUUGUAUAAGACUAUGUAAAAUAUAUGUACAUAACAUUAUUAAGGAUCAUGUAAUAAUAAUCAGUAUAAUG